ACCUGGUUUUGAAAACAGUUACUCCUGCCAACCGGGAACCGAAAAAUUUGAUCAAAAAACGCGCCGCCUCACGGCCCAUAUUCCGGCGACAUGAGAGUACGCCACCGCCGACAACAGCCGGAGAAAAACUCACCCGCCACCACUAAGCGCAAACAUUCCUCCAUCUCUGAGCAAUCUCGGGAAGAUGAUACUAAAGCAAAGAAGCGAACGUUAGCCCAUCGACGGAAAGAAACUAUAACCCUACAACCGGACCCGUACCCGACCCUUAAUUGUUCGAACAAAUUCGAGCCUAUCCGUUGCUGUUCUUCCUCAUUCCGAGGGCACAAGGGGCUGAAGAAAAAGAAGUCGCGUCCUAUCGAUGGAUUUCGCCAGUGGGUCUUCUCUUCCCGGGAUUUCUCAUAUCGCAAAGAUAAAGUUGUUGUUGCUUCGUAUAACAUACUUGGUGUUGAAAAUGCAUCAAAACAUCCGGACUUGUACUUUAAUGUCCCACCCAAAUUCUUGGAAUGGGAUACAAGGAAACACCUCAUAUGUAAGGAGAUGAAUCAUUACACAGCAAAUGUGCUGUGUUUUCAGGAGGUUGAUCGCUUCCAAGAUUUAGAUGAUCUUCUUCAAAAAGAUGGCUUCAGAGGUGUUUUCAAGGGUCGCACGGGUGAAGCCUGUGAUGGUUGUGCUAUAUUCUGGAAAGAUAAGCUGUUUACUCUACUAUAUCAAGAAAACAUUGAGUUCCGGAGUUUUGGCCUUCGUGACAAUGUCGCACAACUUUGCAUUUUAGAGAUGAACCAGGAGCAAUCAGAGUCUGAGUUAUGUUUGCAAGUCCCGAAGAAAUCACACACUCAAAGUAGGAGCAUAUUGGUUGGGAACAUACAUGUCCUCUUCAACCCAAAUCGUGGAGACAUCAAGUUGGGCCAGGUCAGAUUGUUUCUCCAAAAAGCUUACAAGCUUUCAGAAGAAUGGGGAAACAUCCCUGUGAUACUUGCUGGGGAUCUAAAUAGCAUUCCACAGAGCGCAAUAUAUCAGUUUGUCGUAUCAUCUGAGUUGGACAUCCGUCUCCAUGAUCGUAGAAAAAUUUCAGGGCAGAUUGAAUGUCCCCCAAGAUUUAAUCAUUUAAGAUCUGAAAAUAUAAACGCAGCUUGUUCUUGGAAGUCUGCUUCAAGACCAUGGAUAUAUAGAUGGAGUAAUGAAGAAAUAAGGCUUGCAACUGGUAGUGAAGGAGCCACUCAUGUUCGGCACCAAUUAAAGCUUCAUAGUGCAUAUCUUGGAAUUCCUGGGAGCAGUCGAACAAGAGAUAAUCAUGGGGAGCCCUUGGCAACAUCAUAUCAUUCAAAGUUUAUGGGAACUGUUGAUUAUAUCUGGCAUACAGAAGAUCUUGUUCCUGUUAGAGUUCUUGAAACCUUAUCCAUGGAUGUUUUGAGAAAAAGCAGAGGCCUUCCUUGUGAGAAAUGGGGUAGCGAUCAUCUUGCUCUUGUAUGCGAACUGGCAUUUGCAGAUGAUAUCAGUAGUCAGACCUGAAUGACCGGAUAAUUGACUUCGAGUUCAAAUCUUUUAGCAAGGAGUAAACACUUUUUAUGGCUGUCUCCUUGGGGUCAAAAUGUUAUGGCAAAUUUUCUAUUGCCAUACAUGUUGAGCACUAUUUGUCAGGCAAUGAAGUAAUUAUCCGAUAACAAGUCUGCAAUCAGACUCCUGCUCAGGAAAAGCUCGUCGUCUGUAAGAAUCUAGCCAAGUUUUAUGUUUAAUUAUAAAAUGAUUUCUUCUUUGGUCAUAAGGAAACAAGAUCAAUUACCACCAGUUUCCCUAUUAAGAUGAAGCAUUGUGAAGUAAGAUUAUAGUAUAUGGUAGCCGGAGUAUAUAGAAUUACCAAGAAUUUUAGUCU